GCGCUGCGCGGGGGCGGCGCCAUGGCGGCGGGAGCGGAGCAGCGCGGCGCCGGCCUGGAGGCCGCCGUGCGGGGCGGGCUGCGCGUCCUCCGGGAGCGCUGGAUGCGGGGCAGCCAGCGGGGCUCCGCGCCCGCCGCGCUGCCCGCGGCCCCGGACGGAGCGGAGGGAGAGAGCGGCCUGCAGGCGCUGCCGAUCGACGUGCAGCUGAGCAUCAUGUCCUUCCUCUCGCCCCAAGACCUGUGCCGCUUAGGAAGCACGAGUUGUUACUGGAGGGCAGCUGUGCAAGACCCAUUGUUGUGGAGGUAUUUUCUCCUCCGAGAUCUCCCCUCUUGGACAUCUGUUGAUUGGAAAUCACUUCCAGAUGAGGAGAUUUUUAAUAAAGCCUUUUCCGAGGACAGCGACAAUGCACUGUAUGAUUACAUGGCAGUAUAUAAAAGGAGCUGUCCUCGGGGUAGAAGAAGUUUGAAAUCGAGCCGUCCCCGGUAUGGGACUGUGACUUCCUUUUUGCAAUCACUGGUCACUCAGGUGGAACCUCGCUUUGCUAUGUUUGGGCCAGGUUUGGAAGAGCUGGACAACUCUUUAGUACAAAAGAUGAUGACAUGCCCAGAAAUUCUGCUGGUAGCUGGCCUACCUCAUAGACAAAUUCAUGGAAUUGGAUCAGGAGUCAGUUUUCAGUUUAACAAUCAAAAAUUCAAUAUUGUAACACUGUAUUCCACCACGAGCGUGGAAAGGAGGAGAGCAAGGGAGGAGCAAGCUGUUGCUGUGAAUAAGAUGUUUUACCAAGAGAACAGCACAGUAGGUAAUCAGCAAGCCACACACUACAGUGUAAUAGCUCAAGUGAAGAAGGUGUGCGAAGUAGUUGAUGGAUUCAUUUAUGUUGCUAAUGCAGAAGCUCAUAGAGAGCACGAUCGUCAGGAGGAGGUGGCUCGUUUUUUGGCAAUGAUUGAUCCAGCCCUCGGGCCUCCAAACAGACCUCUGCUGGUUUUGUCCUGUGUGUCUCACGUUGGUGUGAGAAGAAUUCCGUGUGUUUAUGUGGCACAUCAGUUGCAACUAAAUCUGCUGCAUCAGCCCUGGAUGAUGCAGGACACUGUAGCUGCAACUUUAGAUGGAUUGCUAAAUGGAAUUGAGUGGCUCUUGGAAGAAGCAAGUUGUAAAAGUGCUCAGUAAUAGAAUUAGGCAUUAUUGUUGCACUAUAUAAACUCUUUGGUGUUUUCCAUUUCAGUUGAAGUAAGAAUUUUGUCCUUCCUGCCAGAGUACUGUCAGAAGGGAAAAGUAAAAGGCAAACCUGCAUAUAUUUCACUGGACAUACUUAAAUCCUUAACAUCUUUCCAGCUAUAGUCCUGAAUUAGAAGUACAAGUAGAUUGCCUGUAUUCCAGCUGCAAUGAAAAGUGAUUUAGAGAGUCAGUCUGUGUGUUUUGUUGUUUUUCUCUUCUUUCAACCAGAUGCUUAGAGUACAAUCUUUCCCAAUAUAUCUGAUGGUCUAAUAUAUUCUGUAAAUAUAUAUGUGACACUACAUUACAUUGUCAUUAUAUAUGCAGUGGAGUCCCUUAGAGUGACACUUCAUGACCAAAGAAAACAUGCUGUAGGUUGUACAGUAGGAGGUUGACAGAAAGACAGUAACUUUUGAUUUCAGGGAAGUGAGUUCCCCUGUAUUUUUCUAGAAAACAUGUCUAGAUAAAAAAGAGUGGGGGGGAUUUUCAGCCCAGACCAAAUUUCUUAGAAGCAAACUAACACUGCUGUGUAUGAAUUGUUGUUUCUUUGUUGUGAUCUUACUUGUUCACCAAUCAUGACAGACUUCAGCAUCUUUUGCUUUCUGUUGCACUGAAAUCAUUAGCUUGAACUGGAUAUGCUCUGACGCCACAAACAAAUGUUAAAUAGGAUCAC